AUGGCCCACUUGCAACGACCUAGCGUAGAAUGCAAGUGGUGUUUCAGACUGAAUCUUUCAGUUUCUCAUGCGUCCCUUUUUUGUUCAAGCAGAUCCCUAUCAUGAGUCAUAUUUUUGUCAUUAUUUGUUUAUUCUAAACAUUUUUAUGACCACAUGCAUACAUUCACACUCUAGCACUGGCUCGUUCACGUGUUGUCGUUUACCACUUUUCGUUUCACAUUUCAUUCUGUAAAAAAUGACGAGGUUUACAGAACGUUGUCGCAUCACAGUUCGAUUUGUGGUGCUCAGCGGAGGCGUUUGAACUUUACGAGUAGAAGCAUUGGUGUUUUUGCAAAUAUGUCUGUGAUUAACGUUGAAUUUCCUGAAUUUUUGGCGGAAAAUCCCGAAUCGUACUGUCGCUUCUGUUGCUCGGAUGUAGAACUGCAGUCGAUAUUUGCCAAACCAAAAGAACUUUGUCAGCGAAUCGUCCGAUUAGUGGAACAACUGACCAACAUUACGCUGACCGAAGCCGAGGACUCUCCGUCGGCGAUUUGUGGCGCGUGUUUGCGUAAGCUGUUUGAAUUUAACCAGUUCCGGCAGCGCUGCAAGCUGUACAGCAAUGAAAUCCGAAAACGAAGGCUGAAUUCUGCCAACAAUGUAAUUUUGAAAAUUGAGGAUACAAGUGAACAAAGUGAUGUGGUAAUACAAAAAGUAUCGCCAGUUAAGAAAACUCCCAAGUGUGAGCAAAAGCCUCUCAAGCAAGCCAAACCACGAAUGCAGCCUAAAAUAGCUAAAAAUCGAGCUUCCCUUAUGGCAAAAUUGUACAAAAGCAAGCGUAAGAACGCCAAAUGUGCCCAGCAAAGCCCGGAGGAGCGCGAAUUCCGGUGCAAAAUUUGCCGCCAAUCAUUCACCGAUAAAGAAAGCAUAAAUUUGCACAUGAAAAAACACGUCGACGCGGUUAACCUAAAGUGUCGCAACUGCUCGGCAACGAGUGAAACGCUGCAAGGACUCAUCCAGCACGCGAUCCAGAACUAUAUCCUGGCGUCGGCGUUCCAAUGUCGCCGCUGUGGGGUGCAGUUCGAAGGCAGGAAGGAAAUGAUCGUGCAUGAAUUUGGUUGCGGGCGAGCUGGGACAGAUAGUGAUUAGUUUUAUUUUUAAAUAAGUGUUUUAUUGACUCAUGACUCGUUGUUUAAAACAAAAAAAAAAAACAAGAAUUUUCUGCACUAUUUUCCUUUUUGUGUUUAGUUUAUUGUAUAUUUUUAGAAAAUAUAAAAUGAAAAAUCUAGUAUCGAUAAAGCAAAAACAACAUCAGAGCCGUAUUGUUAGACUUAAUUUUGUUUGUAAUUUUUUAAACGUUGCAUUGGAAAGUUUUCUCAUAUUAUGCGUGGCGAAAAAUUUUGAUAUGAAGAAUUUUGUAUUUUUUAUGUUGACGUUGAUAAUCUGCUGACUGGGCCAAAAAGGGACAUGGAGAAGGCAAGGAUAAUUUAUGUCAUGAUUAAAAAAUUUAACACUCGAGAAACGCAUAUAGCACCCAACAAAGUGCGUAGCCGAGACAACUAUAAGUCUCUAGAAACAAGGAUAGAAAAGAGGAAUUAGAAUUGAAUGGUCGAAGAAUCUUGUAAGAUAAUAAUUAUCUUACAAGAUUAUUCGAGUCUUUUCUAUCACAGGUAGGGGAAAUAUACCUAUUAUCCGCGCACCACCAAACCGAAGUGCGCAUCUCUUCUGUUGCGCAAAAAAUCUGUUGCGCCAUACAAAUAUUGAGUGGUUUGUCGUAAGCGUGUACAACAGCCCGUGGCGCAACAGGCUUUGACAGGUUGCGCUCGUAUUUUGAUUUUUGUCUGCCUUCACAAUAUUUUAGUCAAACACCUAUCGUCGUAAUAUGGAGAGUUAUUUGCUCGUUUAAAACCUUGUUUAAAACUCCAAAAGACAACACUCAAACCCCGAUGGUUUGACACCAACUAUUGUCAAACGAACGGAGUCACUUUUUAGUUUGACACCCCUUUUACACGGAGUUCACACACACUACUGAACGUUGUUUUGAAAGUGUGCGUGAGCCCCGUGUAAAAAGUGACAGUUCGUCACUUUUUAGUUUGACUUUGACCAACCAGCGGGGUACAAACUAAAAAAGUGUCAAACGAAAAAGUGACCAACCACCGGGGGUUGAGUGUAUUUGGGCCUUAAACUUACAUGCACCAGCACUGCCUCGAGUAAGCUCAGAAAUUGAUGCCAUUUACUGGUCGAAAAGGUGAAAUUUAAUGAUCA